AUGCCCAUGAUCGUGAACGGUCCAGGGUUUCCUGUAGAUAGGCCGUCAUUGUCACGAAUGAAUGGUGGAUUACCGCCGUUUCAACGCUUAAAUUCGCCGCUUGGGAUAAAUUCCGAAGAAAGUCGCGUUUCGGAUCUUGGGAAUGCGCUGCCACAGAACGCGAGUGCCUUGUUCGACAAACUUAUGGAAACCUCCCGCAUAAAUCUGCCUGAAUCGAAAGCAUCGGAUGGCACCGAAGUACAGAGUCGGUAUGGUGCGAAAAUUCGGUCAUCCAGGGCAAGUGGAGGGAAGCGAAUCAGACGUCAAGAACGCACGAUUGCGUUGUUGUCCAGACUCGAUCGAUGCAAAGACGACCUUCGAAGUGUUUAUUGCGGGUCUGUUGCGGAACUCACAGUCCUCGACAGCAAACAUGACGAUACUGGAAUACAUAGUCGCUUAGUUUGUCUUGAAGAGGCAAAGCGCCAGCAGAAGUUCCUCCUCAAGGGGAAAUCUAGCGGAGAUAUUUUCCCACCUAAUUACCCGAUCGAAGGAGAUUGGUUCAAGGAUCAUUUGUCAGCGUCAGAGGUCAGUCUACUGAGGGAAGUUGCGAGAGACUACCAGGACGGAUCCAAUGACACUCUAAAAGUCCACUCUGAUGGGCGCAUUGAGGCAUAUUCUGAUUUCCCUGAAUUUCCGGGUGCACAUGUGCCGCAAUUUAGAGAUGUGCACGGUUGGAACUGGGGUGAAUAUGCUCUUUCUCAAACUGCGAUGCUUCGCUCAAAGAAUCGGGUGAAUUUUAAGAAAAUCUUCGACCGAAACAAGUCCAGAAGUUCCACUGCAGUGUGGAAAGCGAAGGAGGUCGAAAUUCUGCGACGUAUUAGUGAACUGAAGAGCAUUGGACAAUGGACCGAAAAUUUACUCCCGAGAGUUUUGGAGCCUAUGAAACCGAAGACCGCUUGGGAUUUAAUGCUCGAUGAAAUGCGAGCUGUCUCCGCUGAUUUCUUUCGCAGAAGGCGUUGGAAGAAGGUUCUGAUGAAGCAGUUGUCCGUUGAAGUGAUCGAAAGUGUACCUGACUUUUGUGAGCGGAAUGAGCGGAAGCGGAUCGCACAUAGCAAAGCAAGCUCAUCGGCAUGUGCCGCCAUGAUACGAAAUUUUUGGCUGAACGCGGGAGCGAUUUCGGAAAAGCAGCGAUUGGUCUUGUCGGAUGCUUCAUUUCAUCAAGCUUUGCAAUUGCAAGACCGCCUCGGCGACAUUGACGUAGAUUUUCUCGAACCGAACGAAAUCUAUGCCAAAACUACUGAGUUGCUUGAAGUGAAGGACCGGGCGAAUGAUGCAGAUUUUCCUGUUCCAGAUUUUCAAUCUAUUCCGCUUGAUGAUGCAUUGCUUGGAGUAGAAGACCUGUUACGAGCACCUGAGGAAAUCGCUGGAUUGCAGGAGGAUUUGAUGAUCACUUUGGAUGAGCUGCGGGAAGAGCAAACGCGUGCUCGAUUGGCAAUCCCAAACGUGCUCGAUUCGGACGAGGAAAGCGUUGAAGGUGGUGGCAAUAUUUCACAGCUUGUCGUAUCAACUGAAUCCACUGAGCAAGUGAAACGGAAUGCACAGCGCAAAACUCGACAACUUCGAGAUCUCAUUAAACGAAUGGAUGCCUUGCGCCCGACUGAGACUGAUUUUGUGCGAAAUACUGUGCCGGAUUCGCCGUUCUUGCGGCGCAAACUUUUUGGGUAUCAGUUGGCUGGUCUGCGCUGGCUUCUAAGAUUGCACGACAAGAAGCUGAACGGGGCUUUGGCAGAUUCCCAUGGUCUUGGGAAGCGACUUCAAGUUCUGGCAUUAUUUGCUCAACUGGCAGCCAACGAACCUCAGAAGUUCGGGCCAAAUUUGAUUGUCACUUCGGCCAGUGCAAUGCGUGAAUGGCAACUUGAGCUGCUUGCUUCGACGCCGGAAUUCCGUGUGUUAUUCUAUCGGGGAACGCCAGUUAGUCAGCGGCGGUUGUCGGCGGAAGUGAGAACCUGGAGCAUAUGUGUUACGAGUUACCGGUGGUUGCUGAAGCAUCACAUAAUAUUGCGUGAGCUUCAGUGGAAAUACCUAGUUGUUGAGGCGCCCAAAAAUGAAACGAGGAUGUUGGAACACUUCCCUGUACUCCUGGACCUGGUCUCGCAGCGGAGAAUUUUAUUAGCGGAUAGUUUGGAAUGUGACCUAAGCCAGCAGGUUGGAUACAUGUCAUUCUUAUUGCCGAAUGCAUUCGGGAAUGAGGCCGAUGUGAGCAGCUGGUUGCGGUAUCAAAAUGGUGCUGAUCGGUUGCCGAAGAUGCUUGAAGGAUUUUCUCUGCGACGACGAAAAUCGCAGGUUGAGGAUCAGUUGCCUCCGCAUUUUGAGCAUGUUGAAGCGGUUAACAUGAAACCGAGGCAACAAUCGCUGUACAAUGAUCUCAUGGAAAACCCAAAAACGAAGGAGGAAAUCUCUGAAGCAAGGCUUGUAGAUGUUACCAGGCUUUUGAUGCACGCGGGCAAUAUUUGUACGUUUCCAAGUUUAUACAAGCCACGGAAGCUCGCGUCAUCCUUCGCAAUCGAUUCUGAAGCUCAUGUUUUUGACGAAAAUCUGCCAAAUAUUUACCGUGGUUUCAUCAGGAAGCACGAGGUCUUGAAGCUACCUGGAUUUAGAGGUCAAAACAUGAUCGAGAAUAGGCUUCAUUUAAGCAAAGAUAUUGAAGUUGAUGGAAUUGACGAUCUGCAGAAAGAACUUCUUGCCGUGAAUAGGAAAGAAAGUUGCUUCUCCAUGUUCAGAUUGUUUGAUCCGUAUGUUCAAGACGUUGAAUUGGGAACAUCUGGGGGGAGUGCUAAGUUCACCUGUCUUGCUGAAAGACUUGUGAAGAAAAGGAGCGGAAUAAAGUUGGCGAACGGAAUGAUUUUGAUGGCGCAAAAACCCUCUGACAUCGUGAAGUUGUCCAAAUUGGGAACGGUUUUCACGAAUGUUGCGUGUGACUCCUGGGAACGUCGUCCUGUUGAAGUUAUCUUGUUCUCUCCGAAACGCAUUUUUCUUCCGGAUGCUAAUCCCGCCACAAAACGUUUUGUGAUGAGAGUCCUCUCCGUCGCCUUGCUUUCUCCGACCUCAGAUGAUCAGCAACCGCUUGCGAGUGAUGAAGUUAUUGUCUUGCCCUUGUACAACGUGAUCGGAGUGCAAAAGUUACCCGACUCCAAUGUUCUGCUGCGUGGGGAUCUGCGGAAGCGUGAAAGCUGGUACACUUUGAGUGGUUCAACUAUUGUACCUGGAGUUUCAAUGGACAGUGCAAUGAAAUCUGUUGACCGGAAGAACCCAUUCUUCGCAUCUUUGUAUCAAUGGGAUACGCUUCGAGCGUGCAUAAUAGCUUCCGAAAGUGCUAAAAGAAGGGAUUUUUUGCGGGCGAUCGUCGGUGGAAGUUGCGAAACGCGUUUCGACGCUUGUGAUCAGAAACAUUUUCAGACGCAGUGUGAACUGGGCCGAUGCUACACAUCCGUGUUGCAAGAGGAUGGAUUGAGAAAACAUCGUUCAGAAUUCGAUGUUCAGGUUUUGAAUGCAAUUUUAAAAUCGGUCGAAACAAGAGCCGAUGAGGUCUAUAAUUAUGCGGGGCACUUCUUGGUGACUGUUCCAAACGUGGUUGCUGUAUCCUCAGUCAAUUUUCCGUCUCAGUCCACUCUCGCGUCACGAGAUUUUUUAGCUGGAAGACUAAGACGAUUUCUUCCACGAACGACAAUGUAUCCCGAACGAAGUCUCUUGUUCGAAGAAAGUGAAAAGCUGUCACGCUUGGAAAGGAUACUCGAGGAACAGAGAAAGAUGCAAAACAAAGUAUUAAUUGUAGCAAGAGGCUGCAAACAGUUGGAUUUGCUGGAAAAAUUACUGAGUUUCCGGAAAUUCUCGCAUUUGCGUGUGGAUGAGACAACCAGCGACUUUAGAGCUCAGAUGAUAGCCAUGGACUUCCGGCGAAAUCCGCGGAAAUUUGUUCUACUGUUGUCUUCGGUUUUUGUUGGAGUUCUUGACGUCCCUUCAGUAAAAGCUGUGGUGCUUUUUGAUGGCAUUUUGAGUCCGCUGCAAAAUCAUCAAUGCUUCCAAGUAUCAACAGAAGAGACCGUCGAUUUCUUUCGGUUUGUUACGAGAGGAACGGUCGAGGAAAAUAUAUACUGCAAUAAAAUGAAACCGCAGGAUAUGCUCUCAUUCCUGGGAGAGAAUCUGGGCUUUCCAUGCUUCGAUAAGAGUGUGACGGACAAACUCUUUGGGGAACCAGAUAAAAUUGUUGCUAGCGAUAUGAAGGAAACCAAUCAGAUCCGAGAAGAGAAGCCUGAAGAAUGUGCUAGAUUGAAAGAGAAACUUCGCGCUCUAAAUGCUGUUCUGCAUGCUGUUGAAAAACCAGAGAUGCCGAAGAAACCGACUCAAUAUUUCCGUGUCGACGAGGAUUGUAUGGACGCUUUGCGCGCCAGUGAUCCUUUGAUCAAAUACGCCUCGAAAGUGUUGGAAAAGGAACUGGAUGGUUUGUCAAGGCUAAUCGAAGAAGCUCCGCUAAAUAGGAAGCGGAAAAUGGAAGAGAUACUUCCACAUCUGGCCAAAAAGCCUGCUACUUGCAUCGCUGAGUCUUCGACUCCGAUUGAGGCGAGACUUCUUAUGGAGAGUUGGUCACCUCCGACGCCUCCUGUUGGCCAAAGUGACGUUUAUGUGGACGUGACCUAUGCAGGCUACGAAUCGGAGCCUAUGAUUUUUGAAGAAUCAGAAGUGACUGAUGGAAUGAAGAAGUGUUCGUCAGCAGUGCCAGUUUCGCGACCCCGUCAGCCCCGUCGUCGUGGAGUAGCAAUGACGCCUGCACUUGCCACUCCACCGCGUACACCGACCUCGAUGACGGUGGUAUUGCGACGUGGAGUCCGGGAUGUAGACGUAAAACCGGAAGUUCUGUUUCUCUCUUCUUCGGGAUUUUUGGAAAAGGCAUCGGCAGCGAAUUGCGAUGCACCUGGAAUCCGAAUGAAGGCGACGCCUUCAUCCCUCGAGUUCAGAAUCCUGAAUCUGGACAAGUCGGCGGAUUCCGUAUCUUUGUUCGAUCGCCCGGAUGUGGCUACAGUGAAGCUACGCAGAGACGCUGUGAGGCAGAGAGGCAAGUGUCUGCCACCAUUGCCUUUACCUCAUACGACAGUGUCGAAGCCUGAAAAUGCUGUAACCGCUGCCAUCCCGAGACCGCCGGGUUCGCCUGGAAUGCCGCCGUUGGACGCCGAUUGGACCGUGCUUGAAGACGCAGUCAUGCUGCAGUGUGUUCAAAACAUCCAAAUGCUGGCACCGCACAUGGCGACUAUUUUCCCGGCUCAAACAGGCAACUGGGAUCUGAUUACCAGCAUGUUGAAUCUAGCUGCUGCCUUGUCGAGACCUGAAGGCGUAUGCCUGGAGCGCUUCAAACAUAUUGUCGUUCCCCGAGAAGAAGAAGCUAGUAACAAAACCAGCAAAAGUGGCACUGCAUUUGACGGGGUUGGUUCGUCGCGGAUGUCUCUGAUUUCGUCGAAGAGAAUGCGUGGAAAUCAAGUUAAAGCUGAUCAGACCAGGCCUCCAAUGAGAACACUUCAACUCUACCAGUUGGACAACAACGCAAGCAUGACACGAUUACAUAUGAUUCGACUCGAAGGUCUCAAACGAGCUGCCAACAGUAAACGGAAAACUGCUGUGCGACGCGUUGAUUGCGCGGCUGCUGCACGAUUGAUUGGUGCGGCUGCUGCUAUCAAGGCUAUGCAACCUCAUCAGCAACACCAACAUCAGCAUCACCAACAACAGCAGCAACAGGCUGGGUUGCAGUACACACCUGAACUUACCCCGAAACAGAUCGCUACGAGGCGAGCCCAGCAUGUGGCCAGGGAAAAGCAGAAGGCGGCUGAAAUGGCACGAAUACAGCAGCUUAUUGGACCGAAGCAGGUUGUUCAACAGCAGCAACAGAAUGAAGUUUGUGGGCAGCCUCAGCAGCAAAGUAUUCUUCACCAGCAACUGUCUGCUGCUGGUGGGAGGGGUUCCAGACAGCCCACUCCAUUGUCGACACCACCGCCUCCAGCAGGAUCCCCGGCCACUUCUGUGGCUCCCCCAACUUUGCCUGUUGUUUUAAGGGAUGCGAGGACACCUUCAAGAGUAGACACGAGGUCAACGGGUGCCCAGGCUACGGAAGUGAUUUUAUCGCAACAGCCUCAGCCGCAACAGCAGCUCACCCCGAUCCGCAGCAUGACCCCGGUUCAGUUGCGUGCAGCAGUGGGUAGCCCAGGAUCCCCACGCGUACCAGGUGUUACAGAGAUUCCAGUCAAUACGAGAGCAGUUCCACUCCAAGCGCUAGUUCGUCAGUUGAACGACGGUGGAACGACCAACGUGCUUCGUCCUGCUUUAGUCAGGGCCACUGCCCAGUUACAGACGUGUGCUGGACCGGCUGGUGUACAGCAGGGCCCGGGACACUUGGUUACAGGUUCUGGUUCGAGGCUCGAGAUUGUCGGUGGACUUUCCCAGGAUGGUCAGACGAAGUGUGGAGGUGAGCAGUGUGGUAUUGUGAAUGCGGUUGGAUUUACAAUCGCACCGGGGAUGUAUCAAGAAGAAGGAGGUGCUGCCGGGGGAGAUGGUGCCAGCAGCAGUAGUGGUCGUCCUUCAGGAAGUGGACAAAUCGCUGUCACGCAGAACAGCUUUUUCCCAGUUGCUCUCACUCCGUGUUGCCCGGCUGCUGCCCGUAAUGCCAUGAAACAAGGUUUUGUGGUCUGCCAACAAACAAAUCCCAGGAGUGGGGACGGUACGGAAUUGGUUACCAUUUUAAGGAGUCCUCAAGUGACUGCCCGGGUUUCAUCAGCUGGUUCAACGGCUGUUACCGGAAGCAACCAGGCUGCUGCUACGGUUAUGUUGAGUGCUCAGGUGCAACCAACGCUCUCGAGUACCCCGGGCACGUUUUCGGUAAGUCAAUCACCACAGCACGUAAUUGCAACGAAGAGCAGUCAAGGGACGACAGUAAUGGCUAGUAGUGGAACCGUGACGGCCAUCGUUAGGCCACCGCUAGCGGCUGCCCCUGGAGUGAGACCACACCGUGGACGCAGCACUAUUCUGCAGCAGCCUUCGCAGCAAACACUGCAGAUCAUGCAAGGCUCCAUGGCGACCAAGUCAUUACCUUCAAUAUCUGUUCAGCAGUUGCAACAGGCAUUGAAAGCCCAGUCAGGGAAGAAUGCUGGACUCGGGAUGGUGACCGUUGUUGCUGCUGCACCUUCGUCGUCUGGUCAGUCGUCAACAACCGCUGGUGUAGUUAGAACGUCGGGAGCACUAAUUGAUGCGGGGACGCAAAGUGGCCCACGUUCUACUCCUGGUACAGUUUCCCAAGCCACAUGCUAUAAACCAAUCCAGAUUUUGUCUGGGAAUGUUCCGGGUUUAACCAAUGUAGGGACAUCUUCUGGCGCCGUGCAAAGGAUAGAUGCUGCUGGAAGACCGGUGAUAACGAUUUUACCGGAUGGAGCUGGUCAAAUUAAGUUUGCCACGGCAUCGUCAGGAGCGAUGACGACGCGGGUAACCAUCAACGCUAGUAAGACUACGUGGACUCAGUCAAUAACCCAGAGCGGCAGCAGUGGCGGUAACGAAGGUGCUGCUACUGCUGUUGUGGUGCGUCAACCCGUGACAGCUCUUGCCCAGAAGUCUGCGAGUGGCGCUUCGAUUUUGGCGUCUUCUCCGCAAUACGUAUCGAAUAACACGCAGACCACGUCGACUUUCACUUUGGGACCGAUCCAAAGGACUGGUGCAGUCAGUAACCGUCGCACCCAGCAGCCAUUUUCUGUGAGCACGGGUACCCAGAUGGGCGAGGAGCAAGAAACCGUGUUGAUUGCUGCACGGCCAACGUCGGAAUCGUCAGCUAUCAGCAGCGUGGCUAGCACCAGCACUACGUCAUUGCAGUUGUAUACUAGCAAUCCUCUCAACAUCACGAAGCAUAUCCUGACAACUAGGCCACAGAUUCGUCUCAUGCACGCUGUGCAACCCGUGCGCCAUGCACAGCAUCAGCUCGUGGCCGUGUCUGCUGGGCCAAGGCAGCACAUCGUGGCGGCCAGGUUGCCGCAGCAACAACCGCAACAACGGGUGACGAUCCCUAGGGUUCCAGGAACGAGAAUGGCGUCUCGGCCACAAGUGAUCACUUCUAGGCAGAUACCGGUUGUUGUUGCCGCUGCGGGUGGGUCAGUUUCUGCUGUCAGAAGUCCUGGAGUUCCUUCUUGCGCUGUGAUCACCAGUCACGAGCCGACGUCGAGAAAAGACGCGGUGUCCUCGGGAGACAUUGACAAGCAAGUGCAGGAGAAUCUGCAGCAGAUCUUUGAGACGUAUCAGAAGCAACAGCUAGAAAAGGAGCUGGUGGAACAGCGCCGACAAAGUGGAGCUUUUCAACCGCAGCAGACGUCUCAGGGUGUAGCCCAGGUUCCUAGUUCUUCAGGCCUGGUUGUUCGCGUUGAACAACAGCAACAACAGCAGCUACAGCCGCAGUCUACUCCUGGGGACGGAGUUAGUGUUCAGCUGCAGUAUCACCAGCAGCGCGUCAUAGCUGUCAACCGCAUCCGACCGAUUGUUGUGGCCACGACAACGGUUACUACGACCACGACGACGACAACGACAUCCAUGAAGAAAUGAAAAGUGUUCAGAUUCCCCCAGUCGAGCAAUGAAGUUUGACUAACAAAGAAGUGUCUUUCGCAAAUCGUGCGAGUUUUAUUCUUUUUUUUAUACUUUGAGUGGUGAAAGUAUUCUUUGAUGAUUUGUCUGCCAUGUGGUGUUUUUUAAUGUUGCAUUAAAGUUUUCGGAAGCUGUUUGCGAGAAAA